AUGUCGGACAGCCCUGUGAAAGAGAAGAGUGUGCCUCAGGCGGCACUGGUCCCCUCACCCUCCCCAUCACGUGCAUCUUCCUUGCCAGAGAAGAAGUCCAGGGGACGUCGAAUCCGCGAGAUCAUUUGGGACAGUCUGGAUGGGCCACCAGAGGAACGCAAACUGCUGUUCAAAAUCGAUAUUUUCAUUCUGACAUGGGCCGGCUUCACCUAUUUCUCCAAGAACCUGAACUCAAAUAAUGUGUCCAAUGCCUACGUUUCCGGCAUGAAAGAAGACCUCAACGUGGUGGGGAAUGAGUAUCAGACCUUUACCACCAUGUGGACUAUCGGUUAUGUGAUCAGUCAGAUCCCAUCCCAGAUGAUAUGUACCCGCAUCCGCCCUUCACUCUGGUGCCCAUCCUGGGAAUUGCUGUGGGUUAUCGUCACUUUCUGCACAGCCGCCGUGAAGACCCCUCACCAACUCUACGCCUGUCGCUUCCUGGUUGGUUUGGCGGAGGGCACCUUCUAUCCUGCUGUCCACACCGUCCUCGGGGCAUGGUAUACUAAACGCGAGCUGGCCAAGCGAGCAUCGAUCUUCUUUGCAUCUGCAUUCGUGGGCUCCAUGUUCAGCGGGUACUUGCAAGCUGCUCUAUACAAGGGCAUGAAUGGCACGGCGGGCCUUGCGGGAUGGAGGUGGCUCUUCAUUUUUGACGGCGUUAUAACCCUUCCCAUGGCUCUCUGGGGCUACUAUGCUCUUCCAGACCUCCCUACUAACACGAGGGUGAAGUGGCUGAAACCGGAAGAAAAGACAUUGGCUCUGAAGCGCAUGGCAGAUGCCGGAAAGGGUAAAGAUGUUCCAUUUACAUGGACAGGCAUCAAGCGCAUACUCUUCAAGUGGCAUUUCUGGGUGUACACCGCCUACUACACGUUCUUUAUCUGCAGCGAGAAUAUCGGAACCUACAUGAAUCUCUGGCUGAAGAGCUUGAAGAAGUAUUCCGUGUCAGAAAUCAACACUUAUCCUACACCCAUCAACGCCAUAACGAUCGUCACAUCUCUCGCCUACGGCUGGACCGCCGACGCUCUCCAACUUCGCAGCCCCAUCGUCUACUUCUCGCUUAUCGUCUGCUUCUUCGCCGCCAUGAACCUCGCGAUCUGGGACGGCGUGCCCUUCGGCCUAAAAUGGGCCUCCUACUACCUCACCGGCUUCGCUCCCGGCUCCGGACCCAUCUUCCUCACCAUGGUCAAUGAAAUCUGCGCCGACGAUACCCUGGAACGUAAAUUCAUCCUCGGGACCACCAAUUCCGUCGCGUAUUCCUUCAACGCCUGGAUCCCGCUGGUUACGUAUAACACUACCAAGGCGCCGCGCUUCCUGGUCGGAAACUCAGUAACGGUGGCUUUGAUCGUGUGCGCUACGCUGACUUUGACACUGGCGUUGUUCCUGCAACGGCGCGAUGCGUAA